AUGCAAAUAUUCUUGAAGGUGUUUCAGCAGGAUGAAGAAACGGACUUGAACAGUGAUCCAGACACACACGGAGAAACACAGACUAUGGAGCCGGGCGGCGAGGCUGGAUCAGAUUUCCCGGAGCCUGUAAAGUCGUUUUUGGUGACCGUCACUCUGAAGGAAGGACGCAACCUCGUGAUCAGGGACCGCAGCGGAACAAGCGACCCGUACGUCAAAUUCAAAAUGGAUGGAAGGACGUUCUACAAAAGCAAAGUCGUGUAUAAAAACCUGAACCCCUUAUGGAACGAGACAUUUUCGAUGCCUGUUAAAGAUUUGAACCAAAAGCUGUAUAUUAAGGUGUAUGACCGGGAUAUCACCACCGAUGACUUUAUGGGAUCGACAAGUGUCAUUCUGAGUGAACUGGAGAUGGACAAGGUAAACACACUGUCCCUGCCGCUGAACGACCCCAACAGCCUGGAGGACGACAUGGGGCUCCUGCUGCUGGACGUGACGCUGGCGCUCAGAGACGUAGGCGUCGGUAAACUCAAUCGAUGGUCCCGAAAGCGCAGCAUUAGGUCAGUGAACCCACAAGCGAGUUUCCGCCUGUCCGAGUCUCUAAAGAAGAGCCAGUUGUGGACGUCGGUGGUGACAGUGACUCUGCUGAGGGGCCAUGACCUGCCCGUGGAGCCUUCAGCCGGACACUACUUUGUCGCUUUCAGACUUGGAGAGCAGAGGUUUAAAAGCAAGAAACAAAACAAAAUGGCCAAUCCCCAGUGGAAGGAAAAGUUUUCGUUUAACCAGUUCAUGGACAGUCCAGACAUUUUGGAGGUGGAAGUCUGGGCCAAGGAGGGGCGCAAGAACGAGGAAUGUCUGGGAGUGUGUGAAGUGAACCUGCCCCACAUCGCUGUCAAUCAAAGGCAGCUCGUCACGCACACGCUGGAGCCGGGGAGGGGCCGCGUGGUCUUCCUGGUGGAGACGAACACAUGCAGCGGCGUCUCCCUGUCCGACCUAUGCAACGCGCCGCUUGACGAGCCGCACCAGCGACAGAACCAGCUGGAGAACUAUAGAUUGGUGAGCUCUUUCAAAGAAACACGAGAUAUUGGUUUUCUCCAAGUAAAGAUCCUUAAGGCCUCAGACUUAUUAGCAGCUGAUAUAAAUGGAAAAAGCGACCCUUUCUGUCUGGUGGACUUGGGCAACGACAGACUUCAGACACACACGGUUUACAAAAGCCUGAAUCCAGAGUGGAACAAAGUGGUUUCGCUCCCCGUCAAAGACAUUCACGACAUCCUCAUGGUCACGGUGUUCGAUGAGGACGGGGACAAGGCGCCAGACUUUUUGGGGAAAGUUGCCAUCCCUCUGCUCUCGAUCCGUGGGGGACAACAGAUCACACUACCGCUGUUAAAACAGGACCUGAGCGGCCUGUCAAAGGGGAGCAUCACUCUGGAGCUGGAGGUCAUUUUUAACCCUAUAAGAGCAAGUAUAAGGACAUUUCAACCCAAAGAGAGGCUUUUCAUUGAAGAUAAUCCAAAAUUUUCCAAAAAGGCCUUGGCUCGAAACGUAAUGCGCGUUCAGGCAUUACUAAGGGCGACAAUGUCCGCGUUGCAAUACAUCAAAAGCUGCUUCCAGUGGGAGAAUACUCAGAGGAGCCUGCUCGCCUUCCUGUUGUUCGUGGUGGGGGUGUGGAACUGGGAGCUCUACAUGCUGCCGCUGUCUCUGGUCGGACUCAUCUCCUGGAAGUAUAUGCAGUUUCGCUCCUCACCGGCCUCUCAGGAUCUGGAAAAGAUGGAUGUGGCCGACGAGGAGGACGAAGAUGAAAAGGAGUCGGAGAAGAAAGGUCUGUUAGAAAAAAUCCACAUGGUCCAAGACACGGUUAUCUUAGUCCAAAACAUCCUGGACGACAUCGCCUGCUUCGGAGAGAGGAUUAAAAACACGUUCAACUGGUCCGUGCCGUUCCUGUCGUGUCUAGCUUUCAUGGUGUUUGUCGUGGCCACGGCGCUAACAUACUUCAUCCCGCUGCGCUACAUCAUCUUAGUCUGGGGCAUCAAUAAAUUCACCAAAAAACUACGGAACCCGUACAGCAUCGACAACAACGAAGUGCUCGAUUUCCUGUCCCGAGUGCCUUCAGAUGUGCAGAAGGUGCAGUACAGCACGACUCGCGGGCGGAGGAAGAAGACGGCGUAG